UUCAGUUGGUUUGUUGGCUGUGUGUUGACUGUUUUGCUCGUUUUCCUGGUUCUUUUUAUUAGAAGGACUAAUCAAAGCAUCCUAAUCUAGAUCGCGGAGUCUGCGAAUAAUAAUAAAUAAUAAUAAUUUGAUUACGUAACAAAAUGUCGAGCGGAGAAACAAGCAGCAUUAUCAGGAGAACUGUCAAAAGGUCCGUUGGCGGCGCUCUGGUCGAUGGCGACAACAUUGAAGUCAUUAGGAACUACCAGGUCUACCGUGGUCUCUCGCCUAACACUGCUACCAGGCUUGAGGCUCGCCUUCGUGAACUAGAAGAUGCCCUGGAACAAGAGAGGCAAGCUAGACUGAGAGCCGAACAAGAACUGACGGACGUCUCAUUCGAGCUUACCACAAUCACUGAACGUCUGGAAGAAGCUGAAGGUGGCAGCAGCGCUCAGUCUGAAUUCAACCGUAAGAGAGAUGCCGAAUUCCUAAAGUUGAAGAAGGAUUAUGAUUUGCUGGCCGUCCAGCACGAAUCAGAACUCGCCAGUCUGCGCAAGAGACACCAGGACGCCCUCAAUGAACUGGCCGACCAAUUGGAACACAUGAACAAGAACAAGGGAAAAUACGACAAAGAGAAGCAGACACUGAUCUUUGAGAUCGAAAGUUCGAACCAAGCUCUUGAUGCUGCCAACAAAGCCAGGGCACACGCCGAAUCAAAAGUGGAAGGUUUGGAAGAUCAGUUGAGACGCAUGAAGGCCCAACUUGACGAAUUGAACCGUCAAAAUGGUGACUUGAACGGAUGGAAAGCCAAACUGACCCAGGAGAACUUUGACCUUCACCGUCAAAUUCAAGACCUGGACAGCGCCAAUGCUCAGCUGAACAAGGCCAAGGCCCUCCUGCAAGCACAAGUUGAUGAAUUGAAGGCACAACUCGAUGACGCCACUGCUGAAAGAAACUCCCUGGCAAUCUCGAACAACAACCUGCAAAUCGAACUGGAGAACGCCGUCGCCAAAUACGACGAGGAGAGCGAGGCAGCCGCCAGUUUGAGGGCCCAACUGCAGAAAGCCCUUGCUGACCUUGCCCACUUGAAGGCCAAGUAUGACCAAGACAUCAACAUCCGUCUCGGCGAAUAUGAAGAAGCUAGACGCAAAGCCAGUGCACGCAUCGUUGAGUUGGAAGAUCUGCUGGAACAAGCCAAGAGCAGAGCAGCCAAGCUGGAGAAGGAGAAGUUGAAGCUGACCAUCGAGAUCAGAGAUAUUGCUGCUGAAUUGGAAGCUGCUAACAUGAGUGGCGGUGACUUGGCGAAACGCUUGAAGCAGAGCGAAUCGAUGACCAUUGAAUACCAGAAGCGCGCGGAAGACCUGAACGCAUCCCUGGCCAACAACAGCGGCGAGUUGCAGAGACUGCAGGCUGAGAACGCUCGCCUCAAACAGGCCGUUCAAGAUCUCCAAGAUAAAUUUGAUGCUGCCCAGAGAGAGAACAAAAAACUUUCGGAUGCCCUUCGUGACGCCCAGGGUCAAAUCAAGGAUCUGUCUCGUCAGGUGCAAGAUCUACUGAGCAUCAGGGCUCAGUUGGAAGCAGAAAGAGACAGAUUGGCUGUUGAGUUGGCUGACACUCAUGACGCUCUGAAGGACGCACAGGCUCGCCUCGAUGCCAGCAACGCCGCCCUUAACCAACUGAAGAUAGAUUUCGAACACAGACUGAGAGAAAAGGAUGAGGAACUGGAGAAUGCAAGAAAAUCAGGUCAACGCGGAAUUGAUGAACUCCAGAAGACCAUCAUCGAGAUUGAGAACAAGUACAAGAACGAGAUUGGCAGACACAAGAAGAAGUAUGACACCGACAUCAGAGAGUUCGAGAUUCAAAUCGAUACUCUUUCAAGAUCAAGCGCAGAACUGCAGAAGGCUAACAAAUCAUUGGCCGCUAGAAUUAAGGAAUUGGAAAUGGCGUUGGAAGCUGAACGCGCUGCAGCUGCAGAGGCGAAGGAUGCCCUGAGCAUCUCAGAGAGAAAGCGCAUUGCUCUUCAGACUGAACUGGAAGAUUUGAGAGCUCUUCUCGAAGCUGCUGAGAGAGCUCGCAAGAACGCUGAAGCUGCUAUGGGUGAGAACUCGAGCCGCUUGAACGAGCUGAACAUCAGCAUCUCAACUGCUAUUGCUGACAAACGUCGUUUGGAAGGCGAGUUGGCCUCCCUCAUGGCCCAACUCGAAGAAUCUGCUUCUGCCAGAAGAGCCAGCGACGAUCGCGCCGACAGACUUCAGUUAGAAGUGAACAGACUGGCCGGCGAACUCGCCAGAGCCCAAGAAAACUACGCUCAAGCUGAUUCGCUCAGAAAAGGUUUGGAGACGGAGAUCCGUGAGAUCAGCCUGAGACUGGAGGAGGCAGAACAAUAUGCUCAAAGAGAAGGAAAGAGAUUGGUUGCCAAGCUCCAAGGACGUGUGCGCGAGUUGGAAGCUGAACUGGAAGCUGAACAGCGUAGGAGUCGUGACGUCAUUGCCGAGAACAAGAAACUGGCCAGGAUGUUGGCUGAGCUGAGGACACAAGCCGAUGAAGACCACAGACUCGUUGGAGAGCUGACAGAACAGAUCGCAGCCCUUCAGAGCAAGAUUGCAUUGUACAAGAGGCAGCUGUUGGAAGCCGACGAGGUCAUCAACAUAACUCUGUCGAAGUACCGCAAGGCUCAACAGCAGCUGGAGGAAUGCGAGCGCAGAGCUGAAACAGCCGAACGCAACAUCACCGUCCACAUCAACCGCGGUGCCAGUGUCCACCAUUCGACCAUGCACACCUCCCACGCCCUGCCAGCCGGAGCAGGGAACAGGGCAAGAUCCAUGUCGGUCACCCGCGAAACUCACAGAGUUUUAAGGGCCUAAAUAAGUGGCUGAUGGUGGCGCUAGGUCGGUGCGACAAGCCUUGAUAAGAUUAAUUAUACAUAAGAACAUACAUAUUUAUACAUAUGUCCUAUUUAUUUUAAUUAAAUCAGCUUAGUGUAUGAAGAAUAAAUUAUGUUAAUAUCUAGCGGUUUGUAAGAUUCUUGUACAUUAUUUGAUUUCUCUUCUGAAAUAUUUUGAAUAUGUAUAAUUGAUCUGGCGGUGCAUGAAGCGAGCUUGUCUCACGAAAUAAGUCGUUUUAUUACAUUUUAUUUAUUUUUCAUUAAAUUUUUUUUAUUUGAAAAAAAUUACUUAAAAGCUAGUUUAUAUGAUCACAUUGGUGGUGACGAUGAUGACGGCGUAUGCAAAUGAUGAGGUGAUGAUAUGAUGUUAUAAUGGCUUUCGUUUAUUUUUACAAUAUAAGAUGGUAGUUCAUCCACUUAUUUGUCCUGUUUUUCAAAAACCAAUACGAUUUGAAUGUUAGCAAAUGAUUUCGCAUUGUAGAGACAAAAAUAAUGAACCAUAUUAUUAUACAGAACAACUAAAAUGUUCAUCAAAAAUGUUCAUCAAAAAUGUUCACACCGACGUUCAUUCUCUUGUUUACAAUUUUUUCUUCAAACAUACUUACUGCUUGUUAACACGACUUUUGAACCGACAUGAUUGGCUGGAUUGCUUGACCAGAGGCGGGGCUGGUCCAGGUAACUCCAAUCAAUCAACGUUCUCUUAAAUGUUAAUGGGCUGCUUCUCGUUAUUUCAUUGGUUGUCGUAUUGGUUAAUUUACGAUUUAUUUUGUGUUCAUACCCUUCUUAUGAUUGGAUACGUGGAAUUAUGUCGAUGGAAUAAAAAGAAAAAAAACGCUC